AGCUGCCGGGCAGCAUGCACACGGGAGCGACGACCGGCCCGCCGCACCGACGUCGCGGGGACGCUUGACCAGACAGGUAGAAAGGGACAUCAGGACAGAGGGAGGAGGUGCGGCUGGGGACAGCCCCUGCAGACUGCGCCUCGGUGACAGCGCCAUGGACGGCCUGGACAACACCACCCUGCUCCUUGCUCCGUCCUCGUUGCUGCCUGACAACAUCACCCUGUUGCCCAACGCCAGCAGCCCGAGCGCCAGCACCUUCUCGCCUCUCACCGUCACCUCCAGUCCCCGUCCCGGGCUCAGCCUCGCUCCGAGUCCAAGCAUCGGCUUCAGCCCGGAGUCGACCCCGACUCCAGAGCCCACGAGCAGCAGCCUUGGGGGCGGCGUGGCAGGCCAGGGUUCCUCUGCCUUCCCCCGGCCCUGGAUCCCCCACGAGCCCCCAUUCUGGGACACGCCGCUCAAUCACGGGCUGAACGUGUUUGUGGGCGCCGCCUUGUGCAUCACCAUGCUGGGCCUGGGCUGUACUGUGGACGUGAACCACUUCGGGGCGCACGUCCGGCGGCCCGUGGGCGCUCUGCUGGCUGCGCUCUGCCAGUUCGGCUUCUUGCCGCUGUUAGCCUUCUUGCUGGCCCUCGCCUUCAAGCUGGAUGAGGUGGCCGCGGUGGCCGUACUCCUGUGUGGCUGCUGUCCCGGUGGAAAUCUCUCCAAUCUCAUGUCCCUGUUGGUGGAUGGCGACAUGAACCUCAGCAUCAUCAUGACCAUUUCCUCCACACUCCUGGCCCUGGUGUUGAUGCCCCUCUGCCUUUGGAUCUACAGCCGGGCUUGGAUCAAUACCCCUCUGGUGCAAUUGCUCCCCCUAGGGGCAGUCACCCUGACUCUCUGCAGCACUCUAAUCCCUAUUGGGCUGGGCGUCUUCAUUCGCUACAAAUACAACCGGGUGGCUGACUACAUUGUGAAGGUUUCCCUGUGGUCUCUGCUCGUGACUCUGGUGGUUCUUUUCAUAAUGACUGGCACCAUGUUGGGACCCGAACUGCUGGCAAGCAUUCCUGCAACUGUUUAUGUGGUGGCCAUUUUCAUGCCUCUGGCAGGCUAUGCCUCGGGUUAUGGCUUAGCUACUCUCUUCCAUCUUCCGCCCAACUGCAAGAGGACUGUGUGUCUGGAAACAGGAAGUCAGAAUGUGCAGCUCUGUACUGCGAUUCUCAAACUGGCCUUCCCGCCGCGCUUCAUAGGCAGUAUGUACAUGUUUCCUUUGCUUUAUGCGCUUUUCCAGUCUGCGGAAGCAGGGGUCUUUGUUUUAAUAUACAAAAUGUACGGAAGUGAGAUACUGCACAAGAGAGAUGCCCUAGAUGAAGAUGAGGACACAGAUAUUUCUUAUAAAAAACUGAAAGAAGAGGAGAUGGCAGACACCUCCUAUGGCACCGUGGGGACAGAUGACUUAGUGAUGAUAGAAACCGCCCAGACCUCCCUCUGAACGAGGAGAUACGCAGAGCCUCCGUUUGGCUGAAACAUCACUUCCUAUUUGUGACCCUGGUAGUGCAUAUGGUUCACAUCCAGGAUAAAGAUGAGUUGACAUUUCCUGUAACAGAUUUGAUCUUCCCACUGUAAUGUUGUAUCUCAGAAUUAACCAUGUGUUUUUAUAACUCAGCAGUCAGUGUCCCAGUAUUGCUUACACCUGGAUCAGCUAAAGUGCCACUUCCUCUGCUUAAGCAGUGUGCUUUUUUUUUUUGUUUGUUUUUUUGUUUUUUGAUUUUUGUUUUUUGAUUUUUGAUUUUGCCAUUUUCACCAGCAUCGCGCUACAGAUAGGAAACGGGGUUGGAAAUGUAGAUGUCUGGUGCAUACACGAGUAAAAUUGGGUUUGCUCAACUUACACACACCCGAUUCUGUUCAAUGCUAGCCUGUACUGAGAAAAGUCCAAAACGGGCCAGUGAAACAAGAUAGCAUUUCACUGUCAAGCCACUACCAAACCAGAGAAAAAUCAUAUUAAUGUAUUGUGACUACUUGAUCUAGUAUCUGUUGCUAAUGGCCGUCAACAUUGUCCAGGGAUGAAGGCAUUUUUUCCCCCAUAGGUUUUCUGUAUUUGUAUAAACGCAUCUCAGAUCCAUUCAUCAUCUGAAGGAAUGGUUUACUUAGGAAAAUGUGUAGACCUCACUUCAGAGGAGAGAAAAUGGGUCCCUCUGCUCACCCCUGGGAAAGGGCUGUAGCUACAGGCUUUCUUCCUGAAAGGGCUGUGGGUGGACACUGUCCCACUGUUCUGAAAGAAGUGAGCCAUCAUCUGAGACAAGAGCGUAAGAGGCUCAGAGCAGCCCCCUAACCUUGGUAAUUUGCUCCCUAAUCAGACACACGGGCCUCCUUUGCUUUCCUCAUGGCAAACACCUGGAGCGAUGAGGCUUGGGACCCACCUGGCUCGGCUAAUCCGGGUGAUGAUUCUCGGGUCAAAUUCUCUUCUCGGCUAGUUCCCCUACACAUCGCUACUGUGGCUAGCAAGGAAAGCUCUUUUUUUCUGCAUCCGCAAGGUGGGGUUUUGGGCGGGGAGGUCUCCUCUUAAUCAGUGUAGGGAGAGGAUGGAGAGGGUUUCGCUCCGCUUGGCUAGAGGGUGGUAGGGCUUUUUCUACCGGGGCGCGGCCGCCUAUUUAACGCGGCGUGGAGGGCAGCUGGGCCGCGCUGAUGGCUGCCUGGGCGGGCGAGGCGCGGGACACACCCAUGUUCCCGGCGAGCACGCCCCACCCGUGCCCACAUCCUUACCCGCCGGCCGCCAAAGCCGGGGAUGGCUGGAGGUUCGGAGCCAGGGGCUGUCAGCCCGCGCCCCCCUCUUUCCUCCCCGGCUACAGACAGCUCAUGGCCGCGGAGUACUUCGACAGCUACCAGCGAGCGCAGUUCAUGGCCCUGCUGUCGCGGAUGGGUCCCCGGCCGGUCAGCAACCGGGACGCUGCGGUGCAGGUGACCCCGCGCCGCGACGCCUCGGUGCAGUGUUCUCUCGGGCGCCGCACACUGCAGCCUCUACGGCGCCGAGCCAGCCCCGACGCCCGGCCGGGUUCCUGCCAACCUUUCAGCCCCGCCGGCGCCCGGAGAGCCCCGCGAUCGUGGCGCAGCGUCGCCCUGUAUUCGCCCGUGACCUUCUGUGGCCUCUCCUCGGUGGAGGUUGCGGGGGGCGGGCAGACGUCCAGGAAGGGAGAGGGGAACACGGCACCCGCGGGGACCCGGGAGCCGGAGCUGGGAGAGGUGGCGGUGAUGAAAGCGGUCCCCCAGCAUCGAGGCGAGGAGAGCAACGUCCAGGCUGAAGGGCAGGCAGGGCGGGAGCAGCCACCGCGGGAGGACCCGGACCGUGUGGCGGCGAUGCAAUCUGAGCUUGGGAGUGAAGAGCCAUGUCCUGCCACAGAGAUGGCUCAGGAUCUCGGUGACUCGGCUUCCCCUAGAGACCCGGCCUCCCCGCAGAGCACCCAGCAGGACAAGGAGCGCCUGCGUUUCCAGGUGAGGCCAGCCUGGCGGCCUGGACGCCACCAGAAUUGUAGGGCUUCUGGUGGCUCUGGAUGAUGCAGGGCAUAGAAUUCAAUGCCAUCGGUCUGUAUUUUUAUUUCUUUAAUUUUUUUUUAACGUGUAUGGGUGUUUUGAUUGCAUGUAGUGUUUGUACACGUCAUCGUAGUGGAGAGAUGGGAACACAAGAGGGCAUCGGAUCCCUUGGGACUGGCGGUUUACAGAUGGUUGUGAGCCACCAUGCGGGUUUUAGGAACUGAAUUAGGGUCCUCUUAGAAGAACAGGGUGUUAACAGCUGAGCCAUCUCCCGAGCAUAUAGGAUUUUGCAGCCGCUGCCUGUGAAUACAAUGGGAGGUAUUUACACAAUAAAACCAAC